AUGAAACUUGCUCUUAUCUCUAUCGCGACUCUGUUUUUCGCAUCCACUGUACUUGCUGCAGAUGGAUUCAUCAAACUUGAUUUUGACGUCCAUCGUGGAAGAGGAUCCAAGACUUCCGCGUUUAAGAGUAGUGCCAAGAGUAGAGGGGGAAGAAAAGGUUACCAUGGUUCCGUUAAGGGUGCCGGCAACAGCACUGUCUUUGCAUCUUCUGGUGCAAGCUCAAUUGCCGUUGAUAAUGAACUCACUUUUUACAGUGUCAAUGUCACAGUGGGAACUCCUCCUCAACAGGUUGAAGUUUUGUUAGAUACCGGAUCAGCCGACUUAUGGGUUCCUUCCACCAGUCAAGAAGGUUCAGGGGCAUUUGUUUCCAGGAAGUCUUCCACUUACAAGAGCCUUAAUGAAAAGUUCCAUAUCCUGUAUGGUGAUUACACUUAUGCCACUGGUGUCUAUGCUACCGACACCUUUGCCUUGGAAGGGAACUUUAAUAUUCCAAACUUCCAGUUUGGUUAUGCUACCCUGACUAACUCCACUCCAGUUCUUGGGAUUGGAUACAAGACAUUGGAAGCUACCACCCAGAGUGAACCAUUGUAUGAUAACUUGGUUUAUAGGUUGUCCGAAGCGGGUCUUAUUGAAGUGCCAGCCUUUUCCUUGUACUUGAAUGACAUAUCAUCUGUUACUGGCUCAAUCAUCUUCGGUGGUAUUGAUAACGACAAAUAUUCUGGUGAUUUGGUCUCUAUCCCAGUUUCAAGUUAUGAACAGGAUGGUACAGAUUACGGGUACAUUUACUACCAAAUUCCAUUAAACUCUGUUACCUUUGGUGGUAAGACUGUCCAAGAUGGGGGUUCAUACUUGUUUGAUUCCGGUACCACUAUCUCUGAAGUUAAUAGUGCUGUUGUUGAAUCCAUUGCAAACUCCAUUGGUGCUCAUCUUGAUGAUGCAUCUGGCUUCUACAUCUACGACGUUGGUUCGGUUGACCUUACCCAGACUGUUUCCUUUACCUUUGGAUCCAAGACCAUUGAAGUUACCUUAGAACAACUCCAAUACUCGUACAAUUGGUUAGUGUCCACCACCGGUGACGCAGACCCAUAUGACGUUUCCCAUGAUACUUAUGGUGUCCUUGGAUUGGCUCCAAUUCCAGGUGGACUUGGGAUUUUGGGUGACAACUUCUUGAGAUCUGCUUAUGUUGUGUUCAACAUCCAAGACCACACCCUUUCUCUUGCUCAAGUCAAGUACACUUCAGAAUCCUCCAUUUCGGUUAUUCUGAAUUAA